AUGAGUCGCAACCUCGCUCGUCAUAUCCGCCUGCCCCGCGUGCAGGUUCGCGCGAUCUCGAACGCCGCUGGCGCGCCCGGCGCGACUCUUGGCUCAACGCCGCCCGCGUCCCCAGCGCAACAGUCCACGCCUCCAUCGCCUCCGGCACCUCACGCCCAGGCUGGCGCGACUCUUGCUUCCUCCCCCGCUGCUGGCCCAAGCCAGCCCCGCACCACCCACUUCGGCUUCCAGGAGGUGCCGGAGACUGACAAGGAGACGCUUGUCGGAUCUGUCUUUUCCUCCGUCGCGUCCAAGUACGAUGUCAUGAACGACAGCAUGUCGCUCGGCAUCCACCGGCUGUGGAAGGACGACUUUGUGUCGACCAUGCUCCCCCGCCUCCCAGCGAGCGUACACCGUAACCCUGCGCGGCCGGGCGUUGCUCCAGCGCCUGAGGCGACCAACCCGACGUUCAAGUGUCUUGACGUCGCCGGCGGAACGGGCGACAUUGCGCUGCGUAUUCUCGACCGCGCGCGCGAGAAGUUUGGCUCCCGCGACAUCGAGGUUGAGGUCGUUGAUCUCAACCCCGACAUGCUGCACGAGGGGCGCAAGCGCGUUGCGCAAACUAUGUACUACAACACCCCUCAGAUCACGUUCACACACGGCAAUGCGCAGGCGCUUCCCGCCCACAUCGAGGACAACUCGAUUGACUUGUACACCAUCGCGUUUGGGAUCCGCAACUGCACAUCGCUCCCCGCCGUGCUUUCUGAAGCGUAUCGCGUGCUCAAGCCUGGAGGCCGCAUUGGCGUCCUCGAGUUUGGCAAGGUGUCCAAUCCCCUUCUCAAGGAGGUGUAUCGCCAGUACUCGUUCCAGGUGAUUCCUGUCCUUGGUCAGGUAAUCGCCGGCGACCACGCCAGCUACCAGUACCUCGUCGAGAGCAUCGAGCGGUUCCCGUCGCAGGCCGACUUUGCGCAACUCGUCCGCGACGCUGGCUUCCAGACGGGUGCGAUGCGUGAGGGCAAGGGCGGCGCGUGGCAGGACUACACUUUUGGCGUCGCGACCAUGUGGACUGGCGUCAAGGCGUAA